UUAAACAAUACUGUAGAAAUGCCAACUUACAUUAGAUUUAACAAAGACGUGAUCAAUUAAUACCAAUUUACUUGAAGUUUUUAUAGUUUUGUCAAAAAAUACUAGAUCUUUUUUUUUUCAUAAUAAAAUAGCCAUGUCUAUUUCCUUAUGACGUUUAUGUCUUUCAAGGAGAUAGCUUUGUUUUUUCUCCAACAGAUACUGAAAAGGAAUUUUCAGGCUAAGAUUAUCAUAUUCCCUUCCAAAUAACAACAAAAACAUUUUCUAUAAACACCUACGUAGUUUCAUUUCACCCUCUCAAAGCCCCCUCUCUCUCUUUCAUAUACAUCAUGAGUAUUUUAUUCACAACUCUCAUGCUUCUCAUCCCAAUCUUCCUAAUACUAAUAAAGAGAAAAAGAUCAGCAAAAAAACUUCCUCCUGGUUCACUAGGACUACCCAUAAUAGGCCAAAGCCUAAGUUUACUAAGAGCAAUGAGAGCAAACACAGCAGAAAAAUGGCUGGAGAAAAGAAUAAAAAAGUAUGGUCCUAUUUCAAAACUAAGCCUCUUCGGAAAUCCAACAGUUUUUCUCCACGGACCUGCUGCAAACAAGUUCAUAUUCACUAGCAGUUGCAGCAUCAUCACUAACCAACAAGUCAAGUCCAUACAGAUGGUUCUUGGUGACCGGAGUCUUUUAGAGCUGACGGGAGAUGAUCACAAGCGAGUUAGAAACGCACUUAUGUUGUUUUUGAGGCCAGAGUCACUUAAAGAUUGUGUGGGAAAGUUGGAAGAAGAAAUCAGGUGGCACCUUGAGAUGCAUUGGCAAGGAAAACAGCAAGUAACUGUCCUACCAUUGAUGAAGACCCUAACUUUCAACAUAAUAAGCUCUCUUCUUUUCGGAAUACAACGAGGGUCUCAAAGAGACAAACUUGUGGGUUUGUUUCGACAAAUGAUGGGUGGAAUGUGGUCAGUUCCUCUAAACUUUCCCUUCACACGAUACAGACGCAGCCUGCAAGCGAGCAAACUGGCUCAAAACAUGUUGAGACAGCUCAUAAGCGAAAAGAGGGUGGAUUUGGAACAGAAAGGUGCUUCUCCACAUCAAGACCUCAUCACUUGCUUGCUUAGUAUCCGAAAUGACAACAAUGAAGAAAUGAUAACAGAAGAAGAAAUGGUUCACAAUGUUCUGCUAGUUAUGACAGCAGGACAUGACACUUCAUCUGUUCUUAUUACUUUUAUGCUGCAGUUUCUAUCCAACGAGCCUGCUGUUUACGAAAAUGUUCUUCAAGAACAAGAAAAUAUAGCAAGAACCAAGGAAGCAGGGAUGUUUCUCACAUGGGAAGACCUUUCCAAGAUGAAGUACACAUGGAGAGUUGCAAUGGAAACUCUGAGGAUGAUUCCUCCUAUCUUUGGUAGUUUCAGAAAAGCGCUAAAGGAUAUAGAGUAUGGUGGAUACCUCAUUCCUAAAGGGUGGCAAAUAUUCUGGGCUUCACCAAUGACUCAUAUGGACAAUAACAUAUACCCAGAGCCAACAAAGUUUGAUCCCAACAGAUUUGAAAAUCAAGCUUCAGUUCCACCUUGCUCAUUUGUGGGUUUCGGAGGAGGACCUCGAAUGUGUCCAGGAAUUGAAUUUGCAAGGAUAGAAACGCUUAUCACAAUCCAUUAUCUGGUCACAAGGUUCACUUGGAAGCUAUGUGCAGACAGCACUUUCAGCAGAGAUCCCAUGCCAGUACCAGCUCAAGGGUUACCACUUCAAAUCAAUCAAAAGAACCCACUGUAACAUGUAUCAUUCUAGUUGAUCUUUUGCUACUAGCAUGGUAUAUAUACUUUGUUUUCAAGAAUCAAAAGAGCUCAAUUUCAUAAUGACCAAAAACAAGGACAUUUCAGUUCCAAAUUCCAAAA